AUCUUGUAAAAGUCUUUGUACGGCCUUAGUGGAGAUUCAACAAACUUUUCUCAUUAAGAGACAAGAAAGUGCUAAUGGGAAGCAAGGUGCAUGUAAUCGUGAUCAUUUCUGUUGUCCUCCUCCUGGCUUUGAAUGGCUCAGAGGGGAGACGUAGGACACCAAAGCCUGUGGGAAAAUGCUUGAAUAAAAAAGGAGAAUUGAAAUGCAACUCAAAACAGAUAUGUAUGACCAAAAAUGAGCUGUGUGUCCCCUAUGACAUGUCCAAACAGUGCCGAUGUAAGAAGAACAAAGUCAGAGGAUGCGAGGAUUCGGUUGGUCAGUCAGUGUGUAAAUACGGUGAAGAAUGCCUCGAAAAGAAAUCUGGAAAACCCUGCUCAAAUCACAGGUCCCGGGAGUGUAAAUGUACCAAACCUAAAGAUUCAGGUACAGGAGGUGGUGCUGGAUGUUUCGUCGGCGUUGAUAAAAUAAAGAUAUUCAUACCAAUUGACGGGAAAUUCCAUCCUAUUAAAGGAAAGCCAUGUACGGAAUGCAUGUGCAGACCUAAAUUUCCCGAUAAUGAAGAUUUUUGUGUCCAGAAAUCAGGUUGCAAUGCAGGCCUUCAGUUAUUCGUUGUGGGUUAAAAUUGAUUACCCACACCUUCGUUACAAGUACGUCACAAACUACAGUUACAAACUUGAGGAAAAAAUGUUAUAUUCAUUUGUAUCUCGAUGUCUCUUCAUCUAUCUUCUUCUCACUACCUAUGUUGCCUUCAGCAAUAAACUUGAAACAACAUCUAUUAA